UGCUCCCAGAAGAGGUCUGGGGCAGAAAAAAAAAGCAAGGGCCUAAAAAAUGUUUGUUUUGAAAUAGAGAGGAACUGAAGUUCGUAAAUGUGAUGGCCGAUAUUCUCAAGCUCGGAAAGGAGAAAGCAGCAUCUCAAGUCAUAGGUGAUGUCCAAAAAGGUAGAGGAACUAGACUGCUAGAGUCUAUUUUAGAUUCUUUGCUGGGAGAACAGUUCGACGAAGACAAAUCUGUCUGGUGUUUAUGGCUACUAAGUGGUGGCAAGGAACCCUACGAAUUCCUCAAGGCAUUGAAGAAGCAGAAUUCUUCUCCUGUAUGUGGGCUUGUAUGGAAUGAGCAGUUUGUUGCCUAUCGGUGUAGAGACUGUGCUAUAUCACCGUGCAUGUCACUAUGUGCGGACUGCUUUGUAGCUGGUAACCAUGAAGGUCACGACUUCAACAUGUUUCGCAGCAAGGCAGGAGGGGCCUGUGAUUGUGGUGAUGAAAAUGUAAUGAGAAAGCAGGGGUUUUGUUCCAAGCAUGGCUCAGAAAAAACACCAAAGGAAGUAACUUUACCCAUGGAUCUGGAUGUUAUUGCCAAAUGCCUUGUGCCUCGACUGUUUCUUAAGAUAAAUGAAGAUUUUCAGACUAGAUCAAAUGAAGGUUUGGGAUCAUCAUCCUAUCUGCCACCAUCCCUGGAGAAAUUAAUCAAAUUGCUGCAAAUGAUAUGUGAGGCUGACGCUUUCAGAAAUCUUACAGCAAAAGUUAUAUUACAGACUAUCCCUAAAUCUAUGACUCCAAAGAAAUCUAAGCAAAAUUCUGGGCAAACAGUAGCCAGUCGCCUGAAACCAACUAAUUCAACAGCAAGUGGACAUACACUCGUUCAUUCUGUUCCAAGCUCACCACCAGCAUUUGACUUUAUGUCGAGAGAAGAUAAUUUUGCUAUCUUAGAUCACAGUGAUAUAAACCCUCUGAGAGACGUUAAUUUAGAAAGUGGUACUUGUUCAUAUUUGGAGAUCUUAAUGCAAACAUUAGUGAAAUAUGAGUUUCCAAGCAGCCUCGCAACUUUCAUGUUGUUGCUUCUUCCAGAACAUGCAUAUAAGGAAUCAUUUACAAGAUCAUUUUGCCGCAAUUAUGUUGCAAUCGGGCAGUCACUGCCUCAUUCAAGGCGCCCCGAUCUGCUCUCUAAUCAUCUAGUGCAUGUCAGCGUCCAGCUUUUCAGCAGUGAGGCAUUGGCAACUACAAUGGUCCGCGAAGAGAAACUGCUAUACACUCUUGUGGGCGUGCUCGUUGAUAUGAUCGGUGGAUGCCUUCAGUCAUACGAAUACAACUUCGAAGGCAAAGUCACAAGCGUUUUAGUCGCUGACUGUGAUCACCGUAUCCUGAUAAACCACUGCUACUGGCCUAUUGCCAGUGAUCUCCUGAAUAUUCUCUCGCACAAGCAAGUUGUUAAAGAGUUCUUGAAAAACGAUACCAUCAUACACCAGUGGAUGUAUCUUGUGACGUUGCUCACUGGUAUGAACGUCAACAACCGAAGAAUAGCGAGUCACAUCCAGUUUGAGCCCAGAACGUACAUUACGUCAUUUUCAGUAGAAUUUGAGUCGGUUGCUGCUGUUGUUUGGGAACUACUCCGUGGAUGCGAGAAAUUGAAAGAGGAAAAUGAUCGCUACGUUUUGAAAUUAAUCAAAGCCACAGAAAAUGCAUUGCGGGAUUGGUAUAACUUUGUGCCAGUCAGGCCCAGCAAGUCAACUGCCACAUUUCACUUGUCUCUUCAUCGUUAUUUGGCUCUGUUUAUAAGUCAGGCUAUCGUCCGAUUUGGCCUAAAUGAAAGCGAUGCCUUGCCAUCCUUGGAUUUUUUGUUACAGUGUGUGGAAUAUCCUUUACGAACGCUGGUGGCUGUAAGCGAGAUUAAAGCCGGCUAUUGGGUUUACAGUGGCUUUCAAAUGCGUGGCCAGGCCCUGUCGUAUGUUCAAUGCCACUUUUGCAACUCAAUGGUGGAUGUCGAUUUAUUCUUCGUUCAGAUUCUGGCAUCUAAAGUGGAUGCAAACUUUUUUCUAAAGUUGUUGAUUGAAAGGUUCUCUCUUGGCGCUUGGUUCCAAUUUGGGAAACCUGUUGCGGACAGUCCACAACGUCAAGACAUUGAUAAAGAGAAUUCGAUGGUGGAAAGUUUUCUCAGUUUUAUUUUGAUCCUGGUUUCGCAGAGAGUCCUUUCUGGGAUGUCUGAUACCUGCCAAGGCCACAAAGAUUUGGCAGCUCUCCUUUGCGUUUCAAAUAAAACACACAGUCAGCUCACAGAACUGAUUCCUACUAAACCCGGAGAAUCGAACGAAGCCACAAGAAAUUUGGAAAAUUCUUUGAAAAAAAUGGCAGAUUUCAAAGCGCCAACCCUAGAUGAAGACGUUAUGCAGCAAGGGACGUACUCCCCAAAAGAUUCUGUUUGGGAUCAGGACUUUGACUAUGUCCACGUCUUGCAUAGAUUCUUUAUGCCAUCAGAGUACCAGAAAGCGAGCCAACGUUAUACCGAAAACAUGCGACAACGUGGGACGACAGUACAUAGUCACUGCUGGCCUCCUUUCAAAGACCUGAGUGAAAUACACCCUUGCUUCAAAGGCAUUUUCCGAAUACUGCAAUGUCAAACAUUACAAAAAAUUAUCUUCUUCAUAAUCUACAAGGCGGUGAAGAACGUGAAUUCAGUAACUGAGCUGAUGCUAGUCAACACGAUGCAUCUUUUGCAUCUUGCCUUACGCACUCCAAAAGUCACUGAUGAAGGGGUUAUUCCAAACACAGAGCAUUUCAAAAGCAAAAAAGUUACCCUUUUAACAAAAUGUGUGGACUAUUUAGAAAAAUUUGUUGAUCAGCCAGGAGGAUUGUAUGGAACUGGGGAGCGUGAGUUUCGUGAACUCAAUACAGUAUUAUACAACAAGCUUACAGAAGAUGAAGGCUACAGGCUAGAUCAAGAGUCAUGUGAACCGAGAGAUGUUGCUACCAUCUUGCAGCAUGUGCUGUUUUCAAAAAAUAAACUCUCUUUUUUUGAGCCGAUGCUAGCGUACAUGGACAACGUCGUUGCUGAUGGCAACAGCCAAGAAAGUUUUGAAGCCCGCCGACAACAUCAUCUGCAGUACUUGUUGUCAAUAAUCCCUGAAGACCGAUACCAACUUCUGAAGAAACUUUUUUCACACUGGCGAAAAUGCACCAGCAAAGAUAACGUCAAAAUUACGUCGUACUCAUUCUGUAUGCAGAGAAAAGAGAGAAUUGGGUUUUCAAUGCUGUUGUCACAUUGCAUCGAUCAUUAUGAUUGGCUGUUUAGGAUCUGUAAUGUUAGACCAAAUCAACCUAAAACAGUACUCGAUAUUGGCUUUAAGAACCAGUCCAUAAUUGAAAAUGCAAGUGUUCCUGUGUGUAGCCUUGACGAUGGACUUCCUCGAACUGGCGAACAAAUCGCGGAAACUGAGGACUUGGGAAAGAAAGAAAGCCUGCUCAGCUUGUUAGUGGCACUUUUGGCAAAAUUAAAGGAAGCGUCCAAGUUCGUUCAAACUAAACGAUCGAGUGACAAGGCAAUGGAUGACCAAGAUAUCCGUGCAGGAGAUGGAACGUAUCGUGUGACAGAGUUACUCCAGGAGCUGCACGAAUCAAGUGCAAAAAACCAAGCCAUUAUUGAUCGCUUGGCUCCUAAGAUUGGUAGAAGUGAUGGGCAGAACAAGCGAUCUGGUGUUGCUGAUGAUUCCUUAUCAGAAAGGUUAGACAGGAGGAAGAAAGCCAUGGCGAGGCAAAAGAAGAUACUCGAAGAGUUUAUGACGAAGCAAGAAAUGUUCAAAGAGCAGCAUAUGUCCAUUGACAUGGAUGUCGAUGAUGGAUCUAAAAGCGAAAUUGUUGUGUCUGAAAGACAGUUUGACUGCGUAAUCUGUGGGCAAACAUCUCACUCGACGGUGGACCGCCCUUUUGGUGUUUCAGUACUCAUGCAACCAUCGACGGUUUUAGGGCAGAGGCGGAACGAAAGUAUUGAUUUGCUACCACUUGAAGAUAAAAAGUAUUCACUCACAUGUGGAAGAGUAUGCGAGCAACGGAAGGAAGCACUUUUGAAAUCGUUCGAUAAGGUUGCUGCAGGGAGAGCGUUUGAAGCGGGACUAGACUGUGGUGUUCACGUACAAACAUGUGGCCACUAUCUACACAUUGACUGUCACCAGUCUUAUUUCAAAUCGCUGCAGGAGGAACAUAUUCGAAAUUUUUCCUACGAGCAGCUUCCUUUUGAUAUUCAAAAGGGUUAUUUCACAUGCCCGCUUUGCCGCCAGCCUUGUAAUGGCGUCUUACCUGUUCUUUCUGACGUCAUUCGAAAGCGGGAAGCUAAAAGGAAUCUCACAAGCAGUGACAAAUGUUUGGCUGAAAUCUCAUCAUUAUUACAACGAUACUCUGAAGCGGGUCAUCUCACCUCCUUAACCGCUAAAGCAUUGGAAUUCACUGUCCUAACAGCUUCUGCAACAACCUUCGUCUCACGUUUGUCAAACACAUUGAAAUCCGAAGGUCACCCUUCAACAGCCUUGUAUUCAGACCGAACUAUAAAGGAGAAAUUUCUAAUACUUGUAUCGACAGUGAGGACAUGUCUCGAACUGGAUGCAGCUGAAUCUGAUAUUGGCAUUAGACAGAGGGAUGCUAAAAGAUCAUGUAUAGAGAACCUGCUUGAGAUGCUGCAGUUUUAUGCCCAAUGCCUCGAUAGCCCAAUGAUCAGUUUGUGGAGACAGCUUACUGACGAUCCAACUUGUUCAGAUAAAAGCUUGGAUGAAGAAAGCCAGCGAUCAAAAAUACCCAUUCUACUUUACGACGUUUCAUCGCUUCUUAUCCAGUUUGUUCUUACUUGGCCAACCUGGAUUUCGAUAGAUCAUUUCAAAUGCAUUGUUAGAGUACUUUACAAUGUCAACGUGAUUCAGGGAUUAACGUCCAUUUGCAUGAACCUUCGAAAUGAUGAAUUCCCAAGGACAGGAAGGCUGCAGGAUUCAAAUAAUCAUGUUGCAUACGAGUUAUUGGACUUGGUGGGGAAUUCACUCUCUGGUCUAAAGGACAAAGUUUUUGAAAAUGAAGGAAUGCAAGAUGAUGCGAUGACGGGGAUAAGCCUAUCACUGCUAUCACCGCACGCAAUUGAGCUGCAGAUACAAGACUUCAUUCUUCCGUUUUUAAGAUUGGCUGCCUCCCUCGCACACGUGUUGUUUGCAGCUCCAUUCAAAGAGACUCUGGAUCAGAAAGAAUUCCAAACCUUGGCAACAAAUCUAGGGCUUGUUGCAUCCAAAGGAAGUGAUACAGAUAUACAAGAUCUGUUGCCAACUGAUUGCCUGAAAUGGCAUUUUCCACGUCCGUACGAAGUGAUACAACUUUGGUGUGAUCAGUUGAUGGCUGUUGCUUCUUUCGAAAGGAAUCCAGAUUUGACAAUGUUGCCCGUGAAUCAUAACUGGUCUGAAUUAAACCUAGUUGCGUUGCCAUCCUCCUACGACAGUUUGUUCCAGUGUUAUCGGAAAAAGGCGUGCAGUAAAUGCAACAAAGUUCCAGAGCAUCCUGCAUUAUGUUUAGUUUGUGGCGAAUUUUGUUGCUUCCAAUCAAGCUGUUGUGCAGAUGCAAAUGGAACUUACGAAUGUGCUCAGCAUUCGGUGACAUGUGGCUCUGGUACUUGUGUCUUUCUCAUCGUGUCGAGCUCGUCUGUUCUCAUUAUUCGAGGUGAACGCGCCUGCAUAUGGGGUUCUGUUUACCUUGAUAGCUUUGGAGAAGAGGAUAAAGAUCUAGGACGUGGGAAACCUUUGUUCUUGAGCAGAGAACGGUAUGGCCAUCUCAACCAGCAAUGGCUAACGCAUAGGUUCGACAGAAGCUGCAAACGUUGGGAAUUACACAAUGGCAAACUUUGAAUCUGGAAAUGAAAUUUGAUUGAAUGAUUUCAUGAUAUUUAUGAUUGUAUUUUGUAUAACUGUCUGAAAAAGAAUUUUGUGUUCUGAGUGAAAGUAUGAUGUAUAUAGAAAUCUGAAUAUUUUUGUCACAUGCA